AUGGCGCUGAAGGAGCAAGCUAUGAGGCAUAUCAUCUCAUUGGAACCACCAUCAUGGAUCAUGUGCACAAGUACUAUGAUAACAGUCUGGAAAACAUCGGUCGUGGAGACUCUUUCGUUUAGUACGGUGCAAGGGAGUGGUUUUCGGGUACCUCUUGUGUUCAAACCCACAGCCGAAGUCGCGACCAGAGUCAAGGAAAGUGUUGUCACGGAUGCGUUCUGCACGGUCAUGGAUAUAUUACCCACGAUUCUUGAGUAUGCGGGUCGUCAACACCCUGCUUCCUACACCGGUAGACCGGUUAUGCCUCUUCGUGGCAAGAGUUGGAAGUCCUUCUUAGAUCGACUAGAGAAUGUGUCCCGCUACUCACCGAUACAUGAUGAGGACUACGUAGUCGAGUUUGAAAUCAAGGGAUCUGGUGCGGUCCGUCGCGGAGAAUGGAAAAUCACAUUUGUCCCUGCCCCUAAGGACCCCCAGCGUUGGGAGUUAUUCAACAUCAAAUCAGAUCCCGGGGAAACAAAUGACCUCUCAGAGGCUCAGCCUGAGCUCAUGGUAGAAAUACUACAGCUGUGGGAGAACUACAAAACUGAGGCGGGGUUGUAA